CUCUCUCUCACACACACACUCUCUCAAACACACACUCAUAUACAGAUAGAGGGAGAUCUAAUAACCCUGUGCGCUUUGACAGCAGCUGCUCCUGACUCUCAACUCCGGAUCAUUACUUGUUUAUGCAAACAAAAAAUUUUAAUUAAAAAAUUUAAAAAAAGAAAAAUCCAAUAUGGGGAAAGUGGAAGGUGGAAUGAAAUGCGUGAAAUACCUGCUCUUCAUAUUCAACUUCAUAUUCUGGUUAAUGGGUUCUCUGGUGUUGGCUGUCGGUUUGUGGUUGCGGUUGGAAAAUGACACGGUCGCUCUCCUGGAUGGCGACACGGCACCGGCCACCUUCUUCAUUGGAGUGUACAUCCUGAUCGCAGCAGGAGGUUUGGUGAUGUUGGUGGGGUUUUUCGGAUGCUGCGGUGCCGUGCGAGAGUCUCAGUGUCUCCUCGGCUCGUUCUUUGCCUGCCUCCUGAUCAUCUUCGCAGCUGAAGUUGCCGCUGGGGUGUUCGGAUUCCUGAAUAAAAACACGAUUAUUGAAGACAUUCAGAUGUUUUAUGCAGAAUCUGCCAAAGGUAACAGCACAGCGAUUCUCAGCAGCUACCAUCGAGUCCUGAAUUGUUGCGGCACCAAGGAUACACAAAAAACUGUGUGUCCCACCUCCCCACCUGACACUCAGAACUGUCAAGAAGCUAUCCAAGACUUUUUCAAUAGCAAACUCUUUAUCAUCGGAUACGUCGGGAUCGGAAUCGCUGGCGUCAUGAUUAUCGGGAUGAUCUUCAGCAUGGUCCUCUGCUGUGCGAUCCGGAACAGCCGCGAGGUCCUCUAAUUUUCUGACCUUUAGCCUCUGCACCAAUUUUUUUUUUCACAGACACGGCAAGAGCUUCGAGAUCAAACGAAAAUUUGUCGAUUUUUUUAAAAAAAAUUUUCACCCUGGUUCAGAAGCUGCCAGAAGGAUUUCCUAUUUUAAACUUUUAUUUUUUGUAGGUUGAAUUUUAUUAACAUUUUGUCACUUUACCUGCUGGAUAGGUGUCGUACAUAUUCGGUUUGUGAAGCUAUUUUGAGGAACCUAAUUUAAUUUAUGUAUUUCUGCCUGUGGUUGAAUCUACUGGAGGCUUCUCUUUAAAGACUGGGGUCACAUGACCAAGUGCGAUUCGACCAGCGUGACAUAGCGAGCAUGUAAAAUAACGCAUGAAGUCCGAGUGUUUAAUGGCGUGAGUGCACUACAACAGGAAGGGAACAUUUGUUGUGUAGUGUAGUGUAGUGAACAUUCUGUGUGGUUUGGGACACACCCUUAAUAGAGUAAUAAUAUUGAUCUAGAGUUAGUGCUUGAAUGAUGGUAAAUAAAUAAUUCUUAAUAGUGCACUCAAGCUUUUGGAUCUGAUUAACACCUUAUUAACAGCAUAUCUGUCAAAACACAUUGCAGUUUUCAUCAACAUUUGCUGCGUGACACACAGGACAAAUUUGUAUAUACUGUUGAGAUUCGUACUCCAUUUCCUUUUGUAACGUGUGUGUGAUGGUGAUAUCUGUAACGUGCUGUUGGUUUGUGUAGAAGCUAGACAUCGUCGUUUCCGAAGUACUUCCUCCUGUUCGGCGAUGACGUAUACGAUCAAUUAAAGGUGCCUUUCUCUUUUAUACGACUUGUAAACAGUAACCAUGAGAACUUCGACCCAUCCAUUUAAUAUAAUCCUGAUGCAGCUUUUUGCGUUCUGGUCCCGUUUUUAACACACACUCGUCCACUUUGUCCGGGUUCAGCUAAGUUCAAGUUGAGAAAGCGUUUUGUAUAAGUGUUGAUAAGGAAUUGUGUUGAUGGCGUUCACACUAGCGAGUGUGAACUUGUUCGGGACGCUUGCAGUUGAUCACCCGUCGCUUUUGUCACCCACCAGUGUGAACGUGACCUACUUUAGCAACACGACUUACCCAGAAGCAGCUGCUGUGAUCUGACGUCGUUUCCAUGUUUUUAAAAUGGAGGACCAAAAAAAAAGUUGAUGAAACUGCUUAGCUGGACUUCUAAUGUAACCAAGGAUGCAUCUCAAAUCUCAAAUUUAUGUUUUGAACUCAAUCAAACCAUAUAUAAAUAAAUAUAAACGAGGCAAAAUUAAAACCUUCAACACAACACAUUUAUUCACAACUUCCUUUUCUUUACUCAGAUUUAAACAAGAUACAUUUAAAAAAGAAUUUUGAAUCACUAAACAUUUGUUUUACUGAUGCGCCAAUUCUCAAAUCGAGCACCAAAAUCCGCCACAAUGAACACAUCCGGCAGUUAAAUCCGUCCGUGUGGAAACAGAGCAAAAGUUCAGUUUGGUGUCCUGAUGAUUUACGUGCUUUAAAACACCAUAAUUACUUUCGAACAUUUACAAGAAUAUUUUGUCUUCAUGCUUUCACUAAUAAUAAACAUACAAUUGCAUAAAGCAUCAAUAUUUGUCUAUAGACGUUGAGUAUUAAAAUUUUGUAACAGUGAGACAAAAUCGACGAGUGUGUACUGGAAACUGGACGGAAACGAGGCUAAAACUGUAGUUAUAGCGAAAGUAGGCGUAGCUUAGUAAAGUCUCUUUUUGCGGACGUUGUUUAGGCAUGUGCUGCUAAUAUACGGUAUAUAUUAUACGCAGUACUCAACAAUUGUGAUACAUUUACGGUUAUUCUGGACACUUGUUGGUCAUGUUUGGACAUGUUUGGAUGAACAGCGUAAAUUCUAAUCUUGACAUACACAUCCUUUCGUACCUGGGGCAAGAGGGAACAUGAACGACAGACCCACCGCUCUCUGUUAGCUUAAGAUAUAUCUCAGGAAUCUGGUCUAAACAGUACUUAAACUCUUAAAUACUAUUUAGGAUGGAUUCCUGACAUGACUGUUAAGCGAUGUAGCUGGAGGACAUAAGAGGUACCAGAGAUGGGCAUGUAUGUUUGGGGUUCCACUCUGUAGUUCUUAUUUUAAUACAAACUAUUAUUGAUAUUGAAAGGGCACAGGAUAUAUAUAUAUAUAUAUAUAUAUAUAUAUAUAUAUAUAUAUAUAUAUAUAUAUAUAUAAGCUUUUAAUGGUCUUAACAACAAAUCACUGGUCAGGAAAUCAGCCCAAAUGUAGCAGGCACAGUCCAGCACCUCCAGUCACUCUCUUUUCUUCGCUGCAUUGUAGUGUUUGGGGUGAAAAAGAAAAAAAGAAGAAAUUAGUUUUUUGUACGCAAAGGUACAUUAUUUAUGUAAAUUGUCUGAUGUCAAAUUCAGCACAUUUCCAGGUUGACAAAACAUUUCAGAGACUCUUCAGCUGUUUGAAACUCGUUAGCAGUGAACUGAAAAACAUUCUUACUGUAAAAAAACGGAAUAUUUCCCUCAAGGCUUAAACAUGUAAAGGACAAAGCUAGGCUAUACACAAUGACUUUGUGAAAUGCUCGUUCCUUGCUCUUUUUCUGAGCAGUGGUUUGUUUGUAUAGCUAUUAAAAGCUUCAUUUUCUAAUAUUUUGGGUUUAGGGUAAGUUUUUUGUAUGUGAAUCCCAAUUUUGCUAAAGAUUCAAGUAAGCCAAGAGGUUACGAUUUUACUCAUAAGUGUAAGGACUGAAUUUGAUCAUUUGUUCUGACACGUUUUAAAGAAAGUAGUGCAGAUUAAUGCAGUUAAAAAAAAAAAUUAUUUCCAUGUUGACACACUGUACAUAAGGCGUGAAAUCAUCUGAUCUAAAGACAAGCGUGAUGAUGUAUAAUGAAGCCGAAUCCGAAGUAAAACUCCGCUGAGAUACGCAUUACUGUGUUGAAAAGGAUCAAAUUAAAUAUUAGCACAUGCCUAAAUCUGAUUAAUAACAGGACCAUAACUUAAACAGAGCACCUGUGUGACUGUUUGAGGAGUGUGUGUGUGUGUGUGUGUGUGUGUGUGUGUGUGUGUGUGUGUGUGUGUGUGUGUAAACCCGGCUCAUCUUUUCAUAGCUGCUCAGAAUGUAGGAAACGCAUGUACAUGUACACAACGCAUUUUGUAUGUAAAGUUGCAUGGCUUCUCAUUGCAGCUUAGAUCAGACCUUAUUGUGUGUUGUAAUUAUUUUCUCGUACUGUAAACAACACAGCGUUGUCAGCGUUGGUUGUUUUGUUGUUGUUGUUGUAGUUUUAAUAUUAAAACGUAAUUUAUUUAUUGGCUGAUGAAUUUAAACAGCAGUUAGGCUUCUCAGGAUGCAAAAGUGACAUGAAAGAACAAAUAAACUUUUCUGAGGUUUUA